UGGAGGACCAGCAGUGUCAUGAAGAGAAACUGGAGUUCCAUACAACAUCGAAGCCCUUUGCGUUAAGACACGAGCAGCAUCACUUCUCUCUAAAGUAAUCCAUUACUCACAAUUAAUGUCAAGCUGCACGCUGAAGCAGCUUAAGGCUGCCUCGCUAGGUGAACCGUGGCUGUUGGAAAGAAAGCCUUAUAAGAUCCAACUCGUCAAAGCACACCUCCAUGCAGCAUAAUGCCUUCAAAGGUGUCAUGUUUAUACCUUCUGACAGUGGUGUGCUGGGCGAGCGCUCUGUGGUACCUGAGUAUAUCUCGUCCGACAUCCACGUACGUCGGCCACAUGUCCCUGUCCAUUCGGAAGGCUGUGAAACCGCCCCAAAACAUCACCUUCACCAACAUCCGCACCCGUCCCCUCAACCCGCACGCCUUUGAGUUUGUCAUCAACGAGGCCAAGAAGUGCGAAGGCGACGCCCCCUUCCUGGUCAUCCUCAUCAGCACCACGCACAAGGAGUUUGACGCUCGGCAGGCCAUCCGGGAGACAUGGGGCGACGAGAGCACCUUCGGCGACAUCCGCAUCCUCACCAUCUUCCUGCUGGGGAGGAACACGGACAACGUCCUGAACCAGAUGGUGGAGCAGGAGAGUCAGAUCUUUCACGACAUUGUGGUGGAGAACUUUAUCGAUUCGUACCACAACCUCACCCUGAAGACCAUGAUGGGUAUGCGCUGGGUGACUACCUUCUGCCCCAAGGCGCAGUACAUCUUGAAGACAGACAGCGACAUCUUCGUCAACAUGGACAAUCUGAUUUACAAGCUCCUGAAGCCCACCACCAAGCCGAGAAGAAGGUAUUUCACCGGCUACGUGAUAAACGGCGGUCCCAUCAGGGACAUGCGCAGUAAGUGGUACAUGCCCAGAGACUUGUACCCCGAUAAUAAAUAUCCUCCUUUCUGCUCGGGCACCGGCUACGUGUUCUCAUCGGAUGUGGCUGAGCAGAUCUACAAGACUUCGCUCCACACGAGACUGUUGCACCUCGAGGACGUGUACGUGGGACUGUGUUUGCGUAAGCUGGGUAUACACCCUUAUCAGAACAGUGGCUUCAAUCACUGGAAAAUGGCCUACAGUCUGUGCAGGUACAGACGGGUCAUCACCGUCCACCAGAUCUCCCCGGAGGAGAUGCACCGCAUAUUCAAUGACAUGUCCAGCAAGAAGCACCUGAGAUGUUAGCGGAAACACGAGGAACACUAAACGAUGACUGUCUCAAUCUUUUUUUCUGCCUUCUGCUCCUUUUCAAAUCUCAUCAGUCGUGCGCUGAUUGAUGUAAACCACGGAGGGCU